GGGAUAGGUUAAUCAAGAAUAAGAAAAUGUACUACUUCAAAAUGGAGAUUGUCAAAAAAAAAAAAAAGAUCACAGAUACAAAGAGGAGUCCUCUAUCUAUGUCUAUGGCUCUGCUGUAGUUCAGUUGGCAAGUGCAGUCAGGACACACGGACCAAUUCCUGGACAAGAGAGACUUGAGUUUUAUGGUCCAAAGUGAUUCCUGAUGGUAGCUACAGACUGAGAAGGAAGGACUGACUGACUAUAACUACAACCUCUACCAGAUUAAGACCUCAAACGGGUUUGUGUGACCUACCCUUCAGUGUGGGGGUGUUAGGACUAUCCCUCUGACAGCAUGGCCCCAGCGGUGGGCGGUCCGGUGGGCUACACUCCUCCAGAGGGGGGCUGGGGCUGGGCGGUGGUGGUGGGAGCCUUCAUCUCUAUUGGCUUCUCCUAUGCCUUCCCCAAGUCCAUCACUGUCUUCUUCAAGGAGCUGGAGGCCACCUUUGAUGCUACUCCCUCACAGGUCUCAUGGAUCUCCUCUAUCAUGCUGGCCUGCAUGUACGGUGGAGGACCAAUUAGCAGUAUUCUGGUGAACCGCUAUGGCAGUCGACCAAUCAUGAUGCUAGGGGGGCUGCUGUCAGGAAGUGGUUUGAUAGCAGCUUCCUUCUGCAACACUGUGCAACAACUCUACUUCUGUGUCGGAGUUAUUGGAGGUCUGGGUCUAGCGUUCAACCUGAACCCGGCGUUGACUAUGAUUGGUAAAUACUUCUAUAAGCGUCGUCCUAUAGCUAAUGGCAUUGCCAUGGCUGGCAGCCCAGUCUUCCUGUCCACGCUGGCUCCUCUCAACUCCUGGUUCUUUGACCAGUUUGGCUGGAGGGGCUCCUUCCUCAUCCUAGGUGGUCUACUGCUCAACUGCUGUGUAGCCGGGUCCUUGAUGAGACCCAUUGGACCCAAACCUGCCGACCCCCAACUGUCGGAGAACGGGGCGGUGAUGAGGGCGGAGUCUAAUCUGACGGUGAUGCAGCGUGUCAAUGCCGUGAUCGACCUGACGCUGUUUAAACACCGCGGCUUCCUGCUGUAUCUCCUUGGCAACGUCAUCAUGUUCUUUGGCCUGUUCUCUCCCCUAGUCUUCCUCUCCAACUACGCUAAGAGUAAGGACAUCAGUAAAGAGAAGGCUGCUCUGCUUCUCUCCAUCCUCGCCUUUGUUGACAUGUUCGCCCGUCCUUCUAUGGGGCUGUUAGCCAACACCCGCUGGGUCCGACCCAGGAUACAGUACUACUUCGCUGCAUCCGUGCUCUAUAACGGGGUGUGUCACGUCUUGGCGCCGCUGUCCGUGGACUACGUAGGCUUCGUGGUGUAUGCUGUGUUCUUUGGGUUUGCGUUCGGCUGGCUGUCAGCAGUUCUGUUUGAGACUCUGAUGGACCUGGUCGGGGCCCAGAGGUUCUCCUCAGCCGUCGGACUCGUCACCAUCGUGGAGUGUGGACCGGUACUGCUGGGACCGCCACUACUCAGUCGUUUCUAUGACUUCUAUGGUGACUACCAGUGGACCUACCUGUGUUGUGGUAUCAUCCUCAUCAUCUCCUCAGUUUUCCUCUUCGUAGGGAUGGGCAUCAACUACAAGCUGUUGGAGAGAGAGAAGGAGGAGGAGGAGAGGAGAGAGACGGAGCGGCCCAAGGAGGAGUGCACAGCCAUGCUGGAGGGAGAGAAGGAGGAGAGGAGAGAGACGGAGCGGCCCAAGGAGGAGUGCACAGCCAUGCUGGAGGGAGAGAAGGAAAGGGCGGAGGAGAGUAGUGAGGUCACACCCAUGACUGAUGUUUCUAAGAUGGAUGAAGAUAUUGUUUAGCAGGGGCCGAAACAACAUAAUUAGAAUAAUUUGAACACUGUAAAUUCACCACAACUAAGCCCAAAAAGAGAGAACAUGAUCAUUUCAUACCUUGAUUACAUUGAGAAUAGUUGGGAGCGCAUUUCCUAAAUUUAAAUAAUUUUUAGUUGAAUUCCUGUAUCCCCUUAUUAUUACUAUAAUUAUUAUUAUUACUACUACUUCAGGGGGACCCAAAAAAAUCACUUUCGGGCUGGUUUUGGCCCAUGGGCCGCCUGUGGCCAACCCCUGCUGUAUAGACUGACCUGAACUGGACACACACCCUCUGGUUUUAGGUACCUUUGGUAAACUGAGCCGAGUCCUCUACAGUAGACGAGCAAUAACAGAGGACUACUGUCUCUGAGCUCACAUAUACAACAUCCAGUAUCUAUCCCAGAUCUACACACUGUCUUCAUACAUACCUGAAUGGUCAUGUCAUCACAUCAGUCUUUGCUUCCCAGAUCCUGUGUGCGGUACGAUCAAUCACAGUAUUAUAGGUGAUCAGAAUGAUUGAUAGUGUUGUUUUUAUAAUGUUAAUGAUUCAUAGAAUGUAGAGACUAUUGGGAUUCUGUAAUGAUGUAGAUUUCUAGUUGAGGAGCACAACGAUGUGAUUUCAACCGCUAAGCUUAACAGUUUAGCCGAGAAGCUUUUUGUAAGCACUUUGAACAUCUUUCUUAAGACAGACACAACCUUUUGAGUGUGGGGACGUGUUUAACUAUUUUUGUCCCCCACAAGAAUAGUAAAGGAACAAAAAUGUGACCAACUAGGGACAUUUUGUUAGUCCCCACAAGGUCAAAUGCUAUUUCUAGAUGGUUUAGGGUUAGAAUUAGUGUUAGAAUGAUAAGGGUUGGGAGCUAGGGUUGGGGUUAAGGUAAGGGUACAGGUUAGGGAAAAUGGGAUUUUGAAUGGGACUGAAUUGUGUGUCCUCACAGUUAGCUCUGUGUGUGUAGCAGGCGGACACGCAGGCAGGCGGACACGCAGGCAGGCAGAUGGACACGCAGGCAGAUACAGACACAGGCGUUUCUUUUAGUGCUGUAUCAUAUCAGCAGAUACUGUGUCAAUAUGUCCCAAACUGAAUCCUGUUCCCUGUAUAGUGCACUACUUUAGACCAGAGCCCUAUUCCCUGUAUAGUGCACUAAGGUAAAGGGUACUAUUUUGAGGUCCUAUGUCUACAGAUACAGUAUGAUUGUUAAUUCAGUAAGUCCUUCCAUUCAGCAGUCUGGGGUAGUACCAGCUGUCACCAGGAGAGGGCAGUAGACACUUUAGAACAUUCAGCAGUCUGGGGCAGUAGAGUCUUUAGAACAUUCAGCAGUCUGGGGCAGUAGAGUCUUUAGAACAUUCAGCAGUCUGGGGCAGUACCGGCUGUCACCAGGAGAGGGCAGUAGAGUCUUUAGAACAUUCAGCAGUCUGGGGCAGUACCGGCUGUCACCAGGAGAGGGCAGUAGAGUCUUUAGAACAGUUCACGUUUUCUGAUUCAAAAUCACUUUCACAGUCAACAAGUCAGCCAAGAUCUACAGCUCAGAUUGUUUUUCCUUAAAUUACUUUAAUAAUGUAACAUGAACCUAAUAAAAACAGUUCUGUAGGAUUGUGCAGUAGGCCUAAUACAUUAUCACAGCAUAUUGGCUACGUGCCUGGCCUGCCAAUAUUGUUCUUAUUCGACCAUAUUAUAUUUCAAAUAUCGAGCCUUGAUAACAAAAUAGAUCAGUUGGUGUAGCACUUGCAAGGCACUGUGGAGCAUUAAUUAAAAUAAUUAGCUUUUUUAUUUUACUGCACUGAUGGUACCUGCAUCUUAUGGUCAUGGUGCUUUCAAUACAACUGGGAAUUUGAGAAAUUAAACUUGGUCAAAAAUAUGAAAUCAGUGAUCUUCAGGUUGGAAAGUCGGACCUCUAGAAAGAUGCCAGAGUUUCCGACUGGGAAUUCCGAGUUGGAUGUCCUUCAAAACAAAUGUUCCCAGUCGGAUCUAAAAAAAGAACAUUCAGAGUUCCCAGUUUUCUUCAACACACUGAAGUCGGAAGGCAGAGAUUUCCAAGUUCCCAGUUGUUUUGAACACUGCAUUAGCCUCAAUGGAGGGAGAGGGAGAGCAGCAGAGGGUUCACCUCUCACGGUCCCUGUUCUCUCCUUUUCCUCCCGUGAGAGGGGACACCGUCAUCCACCUGGUGGCCAAACUUGAGUCGCACCGCAUCUGCCUCAUGCACAAAUUCAUGUUCCUGUGACCAGAGAAAGUGAAAUAUUCCUUGAUAUUAAAAUAUACACGACAAGCUGCUAGUAAUGAUAAAACGCAGGGCUAUCGCUGCACUUGGCUACUCAUUCAUUGCAGCUACAGCGUGAGCGGAAGUAUGGAGAAGCGUGUUUUAUGUUUUGUAUUAGUGUUGAAUAAACACAGUUGACAGUGCUGAAUACACAAACUCAGCAGCUCUUUGCUCUAUUCUAUGACAGUCUCUCUGUGGUCAUAAUUCUCAAAUGUUUUAAAUGUUAUGUAGGCUAGUAGCCUAUCAAACUUCUGUGGCCAAGGGUCCUGGAAGAUCUGCAGGCACGUUCCAUUUAGCUACAGAUCUCCCAGUCUCUAGAGUAGGCGGAGUUGAUCUUUUCAGACAAAUAAAAUGUUUCAAAAUAGGAACACUUUGCCUAGCCGGUGUGCAGGGCUUCUGAAUCAAUGCACCUACUAACAACCGUGUAACAUGAAUAAAAAAGGAGAGCGAGCCUUUUUAUCGUUGGCUUUUCUACAGACAUGUUUGAUGAUUGAUUAAGAAUACCUUAAAGAUCGACCAGUCAGCGACCGUGCUUUAGAACAUUCAGAAGGCUGGGGUAGUACCGGCUGUCACCAGGAGAGGGCAGUAGAGCCUUUAGGACAUUAGAACCUUCUCUCUGGGUUAGGUUGCCCAGGGGACAAAGAUUUAUCCUCAAUAAUUUUUCAACCUUUCAGAUUUGUCAUUUAACUCCAUCGAUCAGCACCCCACAUUGAAAUGUUUUUAGAAACAGAAUUGAAUCAUGUUUGUAACACUUGAUUACUUUAGCAUUUCUUGUUCUCAGUCUUCCAUGAUAUUGUGACGCAGCCUUUCUUUACUAUGUGUGAUGUCAUAUUUAAAGGAAGUGUUUCAUCAUGUUUUUCCUAUUUGAUGGAUGGUAAUGAAGAACAGUGUUGCUGCUUCAGUUGUAGUAUGCAAUAGCUAGCUAUUAUCUGGUGCUUAAUGAGGGAUUUGGGCCCUGUUUAGAUCCACUCAAACACUGCCUUUCCACCUCCCCUCCUUUCUGUCAUUUUGUGAGGAAGGGUGAGGUACAUAUUUGAACUGAAGGAAUAUAAAGCUACUGUGGCUUGUGAUGUCUUGAGGUGAACCCUGGUUGUAAAAAGACACCUGGAAGGUUGACAGGAUUUAACAUUUAAUAAGUCAUACUCUUCCAGCAGUGUGGAGGAGUUUUGGUUCUUGUGAUCAAUCUUCCCUUAAAAAAAUUUAGGCGCUGAGCAAAUUUCAGGUCUGCUUAGCACAAACUUGUUGAAUGUUGUGAAGGUUCUGUGCAACUUCCGGCGCGUUUACUGAGGCUGUACCGGCUUUAGUUACAUUUGCAGACAGUGGUCAAGUAGGCUACUGUGGCUAUGUGAUCAUAAUGUCGGCCUACCAGAGUGGCAUACCAUCAAAACAAUGGAGAAAAUGCAUCCCAUAACAUUUGAACAUGGAAAUAGCUGUUGUAUCAUUCAGCCCACAGUAGCAGCCAAUGUGUGGUUUGUGUAGAGGAUGAGUCAUGGUUCCUAUUCUGGUGGGUUCUGCCUAAAACACAAUCUCUUGCAUAGUUAGUUUUGCAUAUGAAGUCUUGCAUAGUUCAUUUUGUUUCGGUAUGUUACAUAGAAAGCGGUUAAUAUUUCAUUGAUUCUCUUGACAAUUCCCACAGUAAAGGGAAACAUUGAGAGAGUGAAUUACAGGGAGAAAACUCUAGAAAGUUGAGUGAAGUCAAGUCUCGAGCUUAAUCUUAGAUGGAACAUUGCUUGUGAUUUCUAGUUGAAUAUCUCCGCAGCACAAGCCAGCAGGUUGACCUCUAGAGUUCGGAGAACAGUAGAAAACAUAUGACAUUUCACUGGAAAGAAAACAUGACUGUGUAAAAAUAACAAACUAUGCAGUGUUACUUUUUAUGGGGAGGAAAUGAAUAAACCAUUUAAAACACAA